CGCCGCCGUCGCCGCUGCCGCUGCCGCUGCCGCUGCCGCUGCGCUCAGGCUCGAGCUCCGCGCACUCCCUCCGCGGCCGCUGAGCCGAGCGGACGCCCCUGGGGGCCGCGCCGCAGCCCUCCGUGCUCCGCCCUAUCAUGCCCGGUGCCCGGGCUGGGGCCGCCCAAGCAGCCAGGACACCAUGCCCGAGGACGGCGCUGGCGACGGCGGGGAGGUCCCCGCGCUCAUCCCGGACGGCGAGCCGCUGCGGGAAGAGCAACGGCCCCUGAAACAAUCCCUGGGAAGCUCCCUGUGCCGCGAGUCGCACUGGAAGUGCCUGCUCCUCACGCUGCUCAUCCACGCCUGCGGGGCCGUGGUGGCCUGGUGUCGCCUGGCCACAGUGCCUCGGCUGGUCCUGGGGCCCGAGGCUGCCUUGGCCCGGGGAGCCGGUGGCCCGCCACCCACCUACCCGGCCAGCCCCUGCUCCGAUGGCUACCUGUACAUCCCGCUGGCCUUCGUCUCCCUGCUCUACCUCCUCUACUUGGCCGAGUGCUGGCACUGUCACGUGCGGUCCUGCCAGGCGCCACGCACCGACGCCCACACGGUGCUGGCGCUGAUCCGCCGGCUGCAGCAGGCGCCGCCGUGCGUCUGGUGGAAGGCCACCAGCUACCACUACGUGCGGCGCACCCGCCAGAUCACACGCUACCGCAACGGCGACGCCUACACCACCACGCAGGUGUACCAUGAGCGCGCCGACAGCCGCACGGCCCGCGGCGAGUUUGACUACUCGGCUCACGGCGUCCGCGACGUCUCCAAGGAGCUGGUGGGGCUGGCGGAGCACGCGGCCACGCGGCUGCGCUUCACCAAGUGCUUCAGCUUCGGCAGCGCGGAGGCCGAGGCCUCGUACCUCACGCAGCGGGCGCGCUUCUUCAGCGCCAACGAGGGCCUGGACGACUACCUGGAGGCGCGCGAGGGCAUGCACCUGAAGGACGUGGACUUCCGCGAGUCGCUCAUGGUCUUCGCCGACCCCCGCAGCCCGCCCUGGUACGCUCGCGCCUGGGUCUUCUGGCUUGUGUCGGCGGCCACGCUGUCGUGGCCCCUGCGCGUCGUGGCCGCCUAUGGAACGGCCCACGUGCACUACCAGGUGGAGAAGCUCUUCGGCGCCAGCUCGCCCCCGCCCGGGGCCGUGCCCAGCGGGCCCCCGCUGUCCCGCGUGGCCACAGUGGACUUCACUGAGCUCGAGUGGCACAUCUGCUCCAACAGGCAGUUGGUGCCCAGCUACUCGGAGGCCGUGGUCAUGGGCGCAGGCUCGGGCGCCUACCUCAGAGGCUGCCAGCGCUGCCGUCGCUCCGUCAGCAGCAACUCGCUGCCCCCCGCCCGGCCCAGCGGGCCCCGUCUGCCCUUUAGCCGCAGCCGCCUCUCACUGGGCGCUGGGGGCCGGGCCACGCCAGGGGUCUUCCGCAGCCUGAGCGGGGGGCCCCUGGGGCGCCGUGGAGAGGACACAGAACCCCUGGAGAGCCCGCCCUGCUAUGAGGACGCCCUCUACUUCCCGGUGCUCAUUGUCCACGGAGACAGCGGCUGCCAGGGGGAUGGGCAGGGUGCGCUCUGAUACCCCCACAGCCCCCAGAGUAGCCCCCUCCCCACCAUUCCACCAUGGGCUUAGAUGCCCCGGUGAUCGUCGUCCAAAACAGGCGGGAAAACAGACCAGCCACACACAAGGGGCAGGGGUGAGGGUGGGGGUGGGGGUCCUCAAACAGACUAAAAUGCAGUGACCCGUGGUCAUUUUGGAGGAAACGGAGGCCACCUAAGUGGAGCCUAAGAAUCGCCCCCAGCAUGGCUUCACCCCCCAAGAUGGCCAAUGAUCUGGCCUGGAGGCCUCUCACAAAGGGCAGGAGAAGAAGCUUCCAGAAAGGCUGGGAUGGAGAAAGAGUCCUGCGGCCAGCUGUUGCCUGCAGCAGAGGCUGCCUGUGGACACUUCCCUGCCGGGGCUGAGGCCAUGCUGGGAGCUUCCCAGCGAUGCAGAAGCACAAAUUGGCGGGCUGGGGCCAUGCCCAGCCAGGUUGGCUUCCCUGGGGCUGAAGAGCUGGCUGUGGUGGCACCAUGGCCUUGGCCCUGCUACUCACCCAACAUUCCCAUCCUCCCCUGAUAGGCCCCUCCUUGCCUGCCCUUUCGCCCGCUGCUCAGGGCCAGUCACUGAUUGGAUCUAGCAGUGCUGUUCCUCCACUGGGAGCCUGGUUCUUGGAGUACAGCCUUGCCCCAUGCACCUGUACUGUUUUGCCUGGUGUCCACCGCACCCUCCUCCCACAUUCAGCUACCCGUACAACCUGGGGUUCCUUCUCAGGGCCUCACCUGGUCCUCACAUCCCCUGGCCUCUGCUCCUGCCUCCCAAAGUCCAUGUCUGCCUCCAUCAGUCACACACACCCAGGGACGCCCUCUCCUUGCCCUCCGGGACUUAUCUACUCUUCACUUUCCUGAUGAUCCGUGGGGCCCAGACCUAGAGGGCAUCCGAGGGGCCCGGCCUCGCCCGCAGCCUCUUGGAUGAAGUCCUUGCUCCACCAUGCAGGCCCUUGCUUCUCCCAUCAAUGAGUCCUGGCCCAGGGGACACUGACCCUCCCCCAGGGAGGAGAGAGGAGUUCCUUCCCUUUCAACGAAGGCUUCCACACCCUCUCAAGGGUGGUGGGGAAGGGAGGAGGCUGAGAAGAUGCAGAUUAAAUAAAGGUAUGGAAUGGAAGGCCUGUGCAUUCCUGGGUCUUGGGUCCGAGGCCACCGCUGCAAGCAUUAUGGGCCUCCGUGGUUCAGGGCAUGAUGAGGGGUUCUGGGAAGGGACUCAGAGAUGGGCUUCAGUGUUCCCAGGAACAAAGUAAGCGGAGGAGAGGAAACCUCCCCUGCCUAGCCUGGGGCCUCUGAGACUCAAGUGUGAGUCGUUCUGAGCACCUGGCUCCCCUGAAUCUGGUAUCUGGGCCUGGGUCACUGCUAAGGCAUUGUCAAGGUGGCCCUUCUUCCAGCUCAGUGGGGGAUUCCAUUCUGUUGCUGGGCAUGCUGAGGGCUAAGAGAGUGGUGGCUUGUCCCCAAAGUGAGGAGAAAGAGCUAUGGUCUGUGACUGGAGUUCGGUGCCCCCCAGCAACUACUGACAUUAUCAAUCUGAGGGAAAGGGCACGAAGCAGGUUGAAGGACACAAAGCUGGAAAGGACAGCCCCAAACCAGGGCAGGCUGGCAUGGAAUCCAAAGGCAGAGAAAACAUCAGGGAAAAGGAAGGUCCUGACUCCCUGAUGGAGCUCUGAAAGACUCCUGGACAUGGCAUUGUCACACGUGCAGCAGUAAAGGGUGUUCACUGUGCAAGGGCAGGGGGCUAAGGGGCAAGCAUGCAUGGAAUCCAGCCUACAGGCCACUCCCCAAACUCUGGCAUGGAGCUACAUCCACUUGGAGAAAGGGGACCCUUUUCCUAUUCACGCAAAGGUGGCAUAACAGCUAAUGGUGACCCUGGAAGGGUGCGGAGAAUGGGUGGAUUUCCCUAAACAAAGACAGGGCAGGCAGUGUCUUAGACAGCGGAUGCUGCCCAGACAAAGGCCUGGCUGCCGGGCAUGAGCUGAGGUGUGACGAGGAGAUAGAAGCAAGAAAGCAUGGAAGGCUUUGCUGUAGCUUCCAUGCCAAACCCUAGAAUUUGUCCGUACACUGGAGCAAACUGGGCAAUCUGCAACCAUGGAAGGGGGAUGGGCAGGGACGUGAUACAGUCAAGGCUGCAUUUUAGGAUAUUUAGCAAAAGUCCAGCUACCUGCUGGCUCUGUGGGGAGGGUGGAGUGAAAGACCAGAGCUCUCCCUGUGUGUUAACCGACAGCCUCUCUUCUUUGGGAGUGAAAUCAACUCCUCAUUCAGAAGCAAAUUAGGUGGAAAACUCUAUGGUGCCCAAACAUUCAAGAAGGCUACAGUGGGUGGCCGGGCACAGUGACUCAUGCCUGUAAUCCCAGCAUUUUGGGAGGCUGGGGCAGGCAGAUCAUUUGAGGUCAGCAGUUCAAGACCAGCCUGGCCAACAUGGUGAGACCUCCCUGUCUCUACAAAAAAUACAAAAAUUAGCUGGGCACGGUGGCAGGGACCUGUGACAGCUACUCAGGAGGCUGAGGCAGGAGAAUCGCUUGAACCCAAAAGGCAGAGGUUGCAGUGAGCUGAAAUUGUGCCACUACACUCCACCUGAGACUCUGUCUCAAAUAAAUAAAUAAAUAAAUAAAUAAAUAAAAAGGCUCCAGUGGGUAGGGAGGCCAGCAUGCUGGUUCCAGCUCCUUGCCAUGAGAAAGACCCUUUUUCCACCAUUCUGCUCUAACACCAUAGCCAACAACUGCCCACUGCCCACUAUCCAUUGUCCUCCCUUCCCCAAUGACAGGACCCCAGUUUUGCUGCAGAUGGCAAUGUGCCCAGCUAAAAGGCAAUAUUUCCAGCCUCCCUGGCAUAUAUGGUAUGACUGGCUGAAUUAUAGGAUAUUAGAUAUAAACAGAAGGUGCUGGAAGGGAUCUUCCAAGAAUGCCCCUUGAAUAGAAGCAGUAUUGGUGAAGGCCAUUUUUGUCCUCUCUGCUUCAGCCUUCAUUCAGCCUGGGAUGCGUAUGUGAUAGCUGGAAUGCCAGCAGCUAUCUUGGAGCAGGAAGUGACCUUGAAAAUUGUAGCCACGUGCUGAAGAUAGCAGAGCAACAAGGUAAAAGAUCCUGGGCUUUUGAUGACACCAUGCAAGUUUCCAUGUCAUCCCUUGGGUUGCCUACCUCUAGACUUCAAUGAGAAAGAGAAAUAAACUGUAAGUCUGCUUAA